CAAAAAGUACGAGGAAGACGAAACUAUCAUUUGCAGGUCGCGCUCACAUUUAGGGUUUAAGCUGCAAUCGGAGAGAUGGCGAUGUUGAUGCAACGAUGGAGCACGACGGCGAAGCGGUUACUUGUCACGGCUGAGCAACGGUACGCAUUUACAUCACUAUCUCCAUCCUCAACGCCGCCUGUUCCAGCGCUGUGCGGGAGAGGGGAUAAGAGGACGAAGAGGGGGAAGAUUUUCAAAGGAUCUUAUGGAAACUCGAGGCCAAAGAAGGAGAAGAAGAUUCAACGCAUUAAGGAUAAGGUCGAGGUCCCCAGGUCAACCCCUUGGCCUCUUCCUUUUAAACUCAUCUGAUUUCCAUAAUGUAAGCCCUAAUUUCAGUAUGACUGUAAUUUUUCAAGAAUUCUGGUCUUGUUGAUGUUCUGUAAUCAACUAUUGGUUUUGAAAUUUGAUACAGUUUAUCGUUCAAAUGAAUAAUCCACUGAUCAUUUUGAUCUGCACACUAUAUCAACAUAUGUACAUUUGAUUUGUUUGAAAAAUCAACUGUACGGAUGUUCUUGUUGAUGACUGUCAUUGAUAUGAUGUUUGAUUAUAUAUAAUUUACUCACCGGUGGUUUUGAUU